AUGUAUAAGGCUACUGACCAUACACCGUCCGUUUAUAACGAUCCAUUUUCAAAUAGAUUGAUACCCGUAGGAUACUUUCUAAACAACCUUGAUGAAAUCGGACCGGCUCAUUGGGACGAUCCUCAGGCUGAUUAUUCUUUAAAGAUAAUUAAACCUCAAGAGCAUUUAAUGGACUGUCAAACAACAUUACCUGUCGUCUGUAGUGAUAAAUUUUGUUCUGCUGCUGAUGCCGCAGCCUUAACAAUUUAUUUCAAUGCCGCUAUGAUUAAUUAUAAACAAAUAAUGAGUCAUAGUAUUCAACGUUAUGAUGAUCAAGUUAAUAACGUAAUUCCUUCACCACCUUCAUCACCAAUAGUUGAUUCACAUAAUUCAACAAGUGAUGAUGAUUCAGAUACAAAUAUUUCACAAAGUAAUCCGUUACCCAUUCAAAAAAUUUCACCAUCAUCAGGAUCACCACCCGAUUAUUAUUUUCGUAUUCAUACUUUGAUAUUGGCUACCCAAUCGGGGUACUUCAACCAACUCUUCGGCCCGAUAAACCUCCAUUCAUCUUCUUCACAGUUACCUGAUACCUUAUUUGUACCAAUCCCGUAUCCCGAAUGUUUUGGUACUAUAUUACAUUGGUUAUACCAUCACGACGAUGAUGCUUGGUUAGAUGAUAUAACCGAAAAAAAUUUUGAAAAAUUUUAUUGGAACAUAAGAUUUUUAAAAUUGGGUAAAGAAGCUUAUGAUGUUUUGGAUGAAUGGAUCGAUGAGCGCUUGGAAGAUGGAUUUAGCUUCGAUU